CAUCCGCACUACCUUUAACUGUUAAUCGACAUACUAACUGCGCUUUGCGACCGUUCAGUUUGUCCACCAUAUGGACGUUAGUAGAUAUAGGAUCACCGAAGCAGAACUUGGAUGUCUGGUCGGCGACGGCGGCACGCUUCUAACUCGGCAACGGACCACGUGCCAUCGACCCACACGUUGGCUUGGGCUUGGGACAGGACGACCGUUCGAAGCGACGACAUUGCGACGGAAAAGAGGACAUGGAGGCCGGCGUUCGAAAGCGCGACAUGGGUGACGUCGAGGAAGGUCAGGCGGGGACAGGGGAGAAGAAGAAGAGCUAUGUCCACGUCCACCGACGGUUCCCAUCCAGUGAGGACGAGUCGAGUUAGGAGCGGCACGCGGCUGGUAGUGACGAAGGUGUCAGCGUUGAGCAACCGACACCACGAAAGGUCGAGGGACAAUAAUUCGGGACAUCGAAGGUGCAGUGUCGUGACGUGGUCGCAUCCGAUCAAAUCGACGGACUCGAGAGUGGGCGACGCCAGCUCCACGAUGGUCAAGUUGGUGCAAUAGGACAGAGAUACAUGAGUGAGGUGCUCCAUCUUGUCCAAGUAGACUUUUAUCGCCUUCAAGUACUUGUCUGUGACGAGGUUGUGGCUCCCUGUCAGCACGACAUUGCGAGCUCGUGACGCGUGUCGUAGCAAUGUCAUCACCGCGUCUUGGUGCUUCUCGAGGAGAUGUGCCAUGUUCAGCGACGUCAUGCGUCCCACAAAGGAGAUCCAGGCAGCGUGGAUUGACUUGGUCAGGAUGAAGCACGAUGCCAAGUCCAUGGGCGAUAAGCAAUGCAUGAUGUGACCCAGGACAUCUCGCGAACAUGCGUUCAUUGCG